AUGCCCAGCAAAAAGAAGAAAUACAACGCCAGGUUCCCCCCGGCAAGGAUUAAGAAGAUAAUGCAGACGGACGAGGAAAUAGGCAAAGUGGCGGCGGCUGUACCAGUCAUCAUCUCAAGAGCUCUGGAGCUCUUCCUAGACUCGCUGCUCACAAAGGCGUGCCAUGUCACCCAGUCCAGGAACGCCAAGACCAUGACCACAUCGCACCUAAAGCAGUGCAUCGAGCUGGAGCAGCAGUUCGACUUCCUCAAAGACCUGGUCGCCACGGUCCCGGACAUGCAGGGAGACGGAGAGGACAACCACACAGACGGCGCCCCAGAGAAGCUCCCACGCAGGGGUCGAAAACCUGGCACUGGCCGCAAGAACGGAGGAGCAGGAGUCAAAGGCAAAGACAAGAAGUUAUCAGGAACCGAGUCGGAACCAGAGGACGAGUCUGAGGACAGUGAGACAGACGCAGACGAGGAGGACGGCUCUCAGUCCAGCACCAACCAGCAGCAGGCGGCCCGCUUCCACAGUCCUCAUGAAGCAGGCUCUGGUCUUACCGCGCCCCAGUACCCCGUCCACUACCCUCCUCGCCCUGCGGCCUUCAGCGAACCCCCACCCAUGCCCCCCGCCCCCCACGCGGCCCACGACGACGACGAGGACUACGACUCCUAG